AUGGCAUCAACCCCUUUGGACGUGCCCCCGGGCCUUUUGGACCUUCCAGCGGAGGUGAGAAACCUCAUUUAUAAAUUCGCCUUUCAACAGCCGAAACCGAUGCGACUGAGGUGUCCUUCGCAACGGCGGCUUCGCCCAUCGCGACCAUCCAGAGACGAUGCCCGCGGGCUGCUCGACACUUGUCACCUAAUCCGGUCAGAGGCCAUCACCUUUUAUUACAGUCUCAAUGCUCUGGUGUUUCGCUCCGAGGCCGAUGCUCUGGCGUUCAUGUCUGACCCGGACAUCCAUCCCUUGAUCCGGCCGUCGUUGACACACAUUGCCGUCGAUUUCGGCGACACCAAUGAUGCUGAUGCCAUCCUCAAGGACCACAUCAGUCUUGUGGACAGCUGUGUGGGAAGCCUCCCCCGUCUCAGGGCGUUGGAGACGCGCUUCUACGCCCGGACGCUCGAUGCUUGUUCAUCUUCACAUUUCCGGACGCUGGCCAUGGCCUUCGAUUCGCUCGACACUGACAUUAAUACUCCUCCGUCACCACGCUCGCCUCGAUCGUCGCCUCGACACUUUCGUCAGAGCUCCAUCUCCAGCACCAGCUCGUCGCCGGCAUCAUCACCUUUGAGCACAUGCUCUUCCAUUUGCUGGGAGUCGAAACCAGAACCAGAACCCUUACCUGUGCCCGACAUGUCAGCCCUUCGGGCAGAAGUCCUGGAACAGUAUUGCUUCACCCCUUCAGCGGCCAUCGCCUUUGCCCAUUCGAAACUCAAGUUCUCUGUCGCCGCCUCAUCCGAACACUACCCUGGCUUGAAGCACGACAAGCUCAUCUGUUACAAUCUCCGCAUCGGCGUGGAUGGGGUGGCCAACGCGUUGGGUCCCGCCAAGGAGGCUGUGAAGCAACGUAUCAGUCGUGUGGGCAUGUUACCUCGGCCGCUGAGUGACAUGUACGACGAUGCGAUCGAUGGCGGGUUUCACCAGAGGGUGCGGUCGACGAUCGCCAGCUGUGCGAGGAUCGACGUUGGAGUUUCGUGA